AUGGCUUUCUACAGAUUGCUGUUCAGUGUCGCGGCCGUCGUCUCUGGAGUCCACGCCUUACCUGUUGCUCGCAACGAUGAGGUCCAACGUCUAUCCUCGGUUGGCUAUGGGGACAUGGUCUUCGAUCUGGGCGGGACGCCAUAUCUUGCAGUCACUACAAUUCCUUCUGCACAGACGACGGGAUGGACUGGGUCGGGACACGUUCCUAUGGCUGUUAUCAAGACCGACUCGUGCUCGCCUACUGCGGAGGAACUUACGGCACUGGUUACCCAGUACCUGAGCUCGGAUGAUGUCUUGUCGGAGUCUUUCCUGCAGGCCAUCUACGUUGCGACCACAUGCUCUUCUGGCGCGACAUUAGAGAGCUCGGCCGUCUCUGGUCUCAUGUCGAUGGGUUGCAGCACGAUUCUGGCAAGUCCUAGCUUCGCUGCUUCCGGUGCGAUGAGUGUCGAAGGUCUCGACCAGCUUGAGCCAGGUCCUUAUGUGGCGAGCCUUACUGCAAGUGGCGCGGGACUGUCAAUGGUCUACCGACUGUACGAGGACAGAUACCGGACAUUCAUUUUUGGAGCAUACCCAAGUCCAAAUGAUGAGAGCACAUACAUGCCUUUCCCUGUCAACGUGGCCAAAUAUCAGGAUCCUCUGAUUCCGGUACCGUCCAAGAUCUACAGCUGGUCCGAUCCUCGACCUUUUGCCGGACUUCGUGUCUCUAUAAAGGAUCUGUACGACAUCAAAGGCUUGCAGAGCGCGGGCGGCAGCCGCGCAUGGGCUUCUAUCACGCCAGUCGCAAACGCAAGUGCAGUGGCCAUCCAACGUAUCAUUGAUCUUGGGGGUCAUCUCGUGGGCAAGCAGAAGACCGCACAAUUUGCCUCCGGCGCAGACCCCUGGGACUGGUAUGAUGUCCAAUACCCUUUCAACCCUAGAGGCGACGAGUGGCUCACUUGCUCUGCUUCGUCGUCCGGCGGAGGCUGCUCGAUAGCCGCUUACGAUUGGCUGGAUCAUGCCAUUGGAAGUGACACUGGCUCCAGUGGUAUGAUCUCACUGCAAGGGGUACAACCCCUAGGCGCAGCACAAGACACAGCCGGUGUCUUCGCCAGAGAUCCCCACGCAUUCGCAUACUUCGCAAAGCACUGGUACACCCCCUCCCUUCACCAAGACUCCUCGAUCAAUGGUCUCGAAGCACUCAACGUGCCCAGCGAAUCACCACUCCCACGCACCCUCAUCUACACACCCGAAUAUCUCCCCACUCGCAAUCCAGCCGCCGACACCCUCGUUCAGUCCUUCAUCACAAAUUUAACCACGCUCGUCGGUCUCACAAAACAAACCGUCAACCUCACCGCUACGAUCCUGGACUCCGAUAUUCAAGCCGUGAGGAACACUUCCUACCGCAACAACGCCUCCAGCCUCCUAAAUCAAUACACCCAGUGGACCGAAGUCGGCCGACCACUUGUCGACUUCUGGGCCGAGAACUACGAUGGCCGCUUCCCUCCCAUCGACCCGGCGCGUCGCCCAGGCUGGAUCGCCCGAACCCAGGACAACACCACCUCCGAGAUGUACACGCAAGCGCUCGCCAUCAAGCGCUCCUUCAGCGACUCCGCCUCCCCUGCCAACACCACGACGGCAGAGAAGUGCGCCAAUUCUGGCCUCUGGCUGUACGACAUUGGCACGGGCGGCUUACCGUCUUACAGAGAAGAAGAUCUCAUCGUCGGCAACUUGGCUACUGGGGCAGCGACGUACCUGAACUAUACUCCCCCCUACACAAUAACGUCUGGGGUGAAUUUCUGCAGCUUUGCGGGCUGUGCGGACUUUACGGUGCCGAUCGGGCAGGUUGAGUAUUUCAGUAACGUUACGCAGGUAAUGGAGAUGGUGCCCGUGACGUUGAGUUUGGUUAUGCGUAGGGGUUGUGAUUGGAGUUUGUUCGCGCUCAUCGAAGCCCUGGCGGAGAAGGGAGGGUUGAGAGCUGUCAAGACCGGGCGGGAGGCUUUCUGA